AUGAUAUUCGACCCAGAUAAGGCUGCGCAGGUGUCUCGGGAGGAUGGCCAGUUGCCAAGUACAUGGGCGAGUAUGGAUGCGAAUAUGGGUUUAUUUGCACCUACCAAGAAGCACUCUUCCUUAAAGAGAGUCAGCGUGUAUCGGUUCGCUGUCUCUGCUAUCUAUGGCUCGGACAACUCAGCUCCCAAUGCGAGUGCUUUUAUUUCCUUGCGAGCCUGGCAUCAACGGGGAGUUGGAGAUACCAUGGCACAAAAGGAGGACCAUCUCUCGUGGGUGGUAGCUACCGGCUCCCACACAAUCUGA